ACAUCAUGAAGCCAUACCAUUACACAAUUGAGCAACUCUACCGUGACUGGCGAUAUGCCGUCGAGAAGGACUUUGUCACCACUGAUGGCAAGCCUUUUCCCUACGCCCCAGGCGGUCACUUGCAAUGGGGCAACGAAGAUAGAAAGCUUUCUCUGAGCGGAGAGCCGCGCGAUGCUUGUCUCAGCCGUGAUGGCAAGCGGGCAGCAAUCGUGGUCGACAAAAGAAUCCAAAUCAUCGAUACGGAGACUUGGGAGACCAUUGUUGUUCUCAAAGGCCACACGCGCCCCGUAGACAGCCUUGCGUUCAAACCAAACGACAGCAACAUUCUUGUUUCGUCUGAAGGAACAGAUGCUGAUCGGAUCCGUGGUGACGUUGAGCCGACCAUCAUUGUUUGGGAUAUUGAAAAAGCUAAGAAGGCUCUCCGCUUGGAAGAGUCUGACUUGCACGUCAUCUCCAAGGCUGCUACAGCUGUCGCGGCCUCCAAGUUGGAGGGUCUAGGCUUGGAACUGAAGGAUCCUGGGCAGGUAGAGCUUGAAACAGCUUUGGCGUCUGAGAUCGACCGGGUCAUGGCAAAGCAAGGUAUCACAGACAACAUUCGCAUCUGCGGCCGUCUCCAAAUUGGUCAUCAGCCCGAGAUCUUCAACGGAUCUGGAACUCGAAUGGUGUAUUUGCCUGGAUAUGCCCCGGAAUCCGACGAACCGGUUCCUUGGGAUGUCGUGAUUUGCUCGACGGAUGACUUCAAACCCAUCCUGACCCUGAAAGACCAUACCGAUGAUAUCAAAUGGGUUGGCUGGAGCCCUGAUGAAACACUUCUGGCAACUAUGUCGUUCGGCAAGACAAUUCGCAUCUGGGAUGCUGUCAAGGGCCAUCAAGUUCACUGUUUUGAAACCGACCAUUAUUAUUGGGCCGGCUCCUUCAGCCCUGAUUCGCAGCAUUUCGUCGCCACGGACGGGGUUGGCAUCAUUCAUGUCUAUGCGCUCCAUGCGGACAAGACAUUGUACUGGGAGUUCCAAACUGAGGGUCCAAAGAUGUCCAGAUCCUCAGUCGCCUGGCACCCAAAUGGUAAGCUGGUAGCCGUUGGUGGGAGGAGGGACGGUGAGAUCCUUCUAUUGGAUAUUGUCAACAAAGAGGUGGUCCAGAGACGACUUCUUUCGAACAGAGACUCCAAGGUUGAUGGUGAGGCAAAUCCGAUGAUAGCGGGAUGGUUCGUUGGGGUCAAUCAACUCAAGUUUGUAGACGGGGGGAACAAGCUCGUUGUGUGGAUGAGUGGCGACGGCAGCAUCGAGGUGUUUGACCUGAGUAAGGAAGUAAAGUGGAGGUUUGCGAGAGGUGGAACCGAGGAUGGUCCAGAGGCUGAGAAGUGGAGAGAUGAGAAUGGAAAGGUUACAAGUGAAGCAGGUUCUGGUAUGUUUGUCUUGGAGAAAGAAGGGAAGUUGACCCUGGCCAGCGUUGACUCUGAUGGCGUUCGACUUUGGACUGUGCCAUUGACGGAUUGAAGGGCAGGUACCGGAAGCUCGGUAGGGAUUUGAAAGCGGACAAGAGUGAAUCAAGGAAGAAAGAUGUUCGGUAAGAUUCUGGACGGAGGUUGGUGUCAAGAACUCUCUAGGCUUGCUUAUUUUCCCAUCGUUCGCUCGGUAUGACUUCAAGUCUUGACUUUUCAUAUGAGUUAACUUUUUUGAGGCAUCUGAGAAUGGCUUCGUUCACUAGCAGCUUGGUAUGUAGCUCAGGCAGAUUGCAAGCUCAUCUACUUUUCAAA